GAACCAACGUUCACUUAUAUAUCCUAGUGAAUUUUCUUUCCCCCCUCUAAUAUAAUUGUAGCCAACAACUAUUGAACGUUUUAUGAAUUAUCCUGUCAUAUCGCUAUACCCAAGUACGACCUUGUAGGUUCAUUGUACGUCUUCUGGCUAUUGCUGAGUAAAGAUGUUCAGCCGCGUACUUGGGAAGACCUUGGGGUUUGUGGGCUAUACCAUCCAGUAUGGCUGCAUUGCACACUGCGCCUUCGAGUACAUCGGAGAGAUUGUGGUGUGCUCUGGCCCAUCAAUGGAGCCCACCAUUGUCAACAAAGAUGUUGUUUUCUCAGAGCGAAUGACUCGGCAUCUUUGCAAAAUACAAAAGGGUGAUAUUGUGAUUGCAAAAAGCCUAUUUGACCCCAAUAUGAAUGUUUGUAAAAGGGUAAUUGGAUUGGAAGGUGACAAAGUCUGCAUGAGUGGUCCCUCAAAUCUUUUCAAGACCCAAACAUAUGUCAACAUGUCAGUGGAUGGAGAUUAUGUUGCAUCAUCUGUCUCAAUUAUGGAAAAUGAAACAAAACAGACCAACCCCGUUGUUGGAUGGACAAUCGUAGAACUGAGUGGUGCCGAUGAAGUGCCAAAAGGCCAUGUAUGGCUAGAAGGUGAUAACCUUACAAACUCUACUGACUCAAGGAGCUAUGGGCCAGUUCCUUAUGCACUCAUCCGAGGGCGUGUUUGCUUGAAGCUCUGGCCCCCAGAUAGUUUUGGGACCCUCAGUGAAAGUCCAACCAGGCGGUUUGUGAAAGAUCAGGAUGAUUGCGAUUCAGAUUAACUCUUCCUUUUGGAUCUUACCUGACCUUCUCUCAUUUUUAAAUAAACCAUACAGUAUGUAUAGAAACAAAUGUGUUGUGUGUUAAGUAAUUUAUUUAUUUAUUUGUUUUUAUUGGACCGGCUACUUGAAUGACUGACAAUCUUAACCAGGUAGUUUAAUUAUUUUAAACAGGUUCAACCUCAAAAUUUAUUUGGAGAAGACAAAGCCCUAAAUAAUUAAUUAAAUUGAUGUUUACUUGUGUGA